AUGCUGUCCGGCCCAGGAGCGUGCAGUCCGGCCCAGGAGCGUGCAGUCCGGCCCAGGAGCGUGCAGUCCGGCCCAGGAGCGUGCAGUCCGGCCCAGGAGCGUGCAGUCCGGCCCAGGAGCGUGCAGUCCGGCCCAGGAGCGUGCAGUCCGGCCCAGGAGCGUGCAGUCCCGCCCAGGAGCGUGCAGUCCCGCCCAGGAGCGUGCAGUCCCGCCCAGGAGCGUGCAGUCCGGCCCAGGAGCGUGCAGUCCGGCCCAGGAGCGUGCAGUCCGGCCCAGGAGCGUGCAGUCCGGCCCAGGAGCGUGCAGUCCGGCCCAGGAGCGUGCAGUCCGGCCCAGGAGCGUGCAGUCCGGCCCAGGAGCGUGCAGUCCGGCCCAGGAGCGUGCAGUCCCGCCCAGGAGCGUGCAGUCCCGCCCAGGAGCGUGCAGUCCCGCCCAGGAGCGUGCAGUCCGCCGCAGGAGCGUGCAGUCCGCCGCAGGAGCGUGCAGUCCGCCGCAGGAGCGUGGAGUCCGCCGCAGGAGCGUGGAGUCCGCCGUAGGAGUGUGGAGUCCGCCCCAUUAGCGUGGAAACCGCCGCAGGAGCGUGGAGUCCGCCGCAGGAGCGUGGAAACCGCCGCAGGAGCGUGGAGUCCGCCGCAGGAGCGUGGAAACCGCCAUAGGAGCGCUCUGCCCUCACCAAACGCGGCAUCCCAGCACUGCGCGGGCCACGUUUGGCCCGACGGCAGGAACGGAGGCGCACGUCCGGAGUCUGCAGAAGAGACCCCGUGCGAUGCUGGCCGGGGUAGAGCUGGAGCCGCGGCCGGGAGGGCGGCACGGGCGGCUGGCGGUGCAGCAUGGGAGCCUAGAGGAGGACCAGCCGCAGCUGCCGGCGGGAGGGCAGUGGGAGCGGCGAGAUGA